GAUUUUUCAGGUCACUUCCGAAUAGGCUCCCUUUGUUUACAUUUUGAGCUUGGCUCUGCUCCAGAAAGCAUUACUACAAUCUAAAAAAGAGAAGCAUCUUGCAUUUGCAGACAGUGCCCGGGGGAGCAAAGUUCAUUUCCCUGGGCAGAGGAGGACAAUUCUCUUGUAACACGUGCCAGUGAUGACAAAAUCUUUCAGUUAACAGAAAGACUUUCAGUGAAGUAGAGGUUUGAGGGAAAGGCGAGAAGGUUGGUGUGGGGCAAGCAAGCAAAGUGCGGAAGCUAUACGGGGAUUUUUCUAGAAAGUGGGGUGGGAAAGGAGCUGGGGUGGGAAAGGAGCUAGGGAGGGCGUGCAGAGAGAAGGGAUCUGUGUCAGAACGUGCGUGUGAGCGGAUACAAAACCCGAGAGAGGCGUGAGCAGCGCCGUGUGUGCGAGCGGGAGCGAGGGGCGCCGGCUCGGGGUGUGUGCGCUUGAGCACUUCAGAACCCAGGCUGCUUCCGGAGCCUCUCUGUGGAUUCCCAGGACUUAUUCCAUUAAAAGCAAGAUGGCUGAACUGAAUACUCACGUGAAUGUCAAGGAAAAGAUCUAUGCGGUUAGAUCAGUUGUCCCCAAUAAAAGCAAUAAUGAAAUAGUCCUGGUGCUGCAGCAGUUUGAUUUUAAUGUGGAUAAAGCCGUGCAAGCCUUCGUGGAUGGCAGUGCAAUUCAAGUUCUAAAAGAAUGGAAUAUGACAGGAAAAAAGAAGAACAAUAAAAGGAAAAGAAGCAAGUCUAAGCAGCACCAAGCCAACAAAGACGCUAGAGACAAGGCGGAGAGGCCUGACACGGGGCCCCUGCAGCCUCAGCCCCCGCAGCCGCAGAGUGGACUCGUGAACGGCUGCGAGAAGGACAGCUCGUCCACCGACUCUGCCAGCGAGAAACCAGCCCUGCCCCCUCGAGAGAAAAAGAUCUCGAUACUCGAGGAACCCUCGAAGGCACUUCGUGGGGCCACAGAAGGCAACAGACUACUGCAACAGAAACAAUCCUUAGAUGGGAACCCCAAACCUAUACACGGAACAGCAGAGAGGUCAGAUGGCCUACAGUGGUCAGCUGAGCAGCCUUGUAACCCAAGCAAGCCUAAGGCAAAAACAUCUCCUGUUAAGUCCAAUGCCCCUGCAGCUCAUCUUGAAAUAAAGCCAGAUGAGCUGGCAAAGAAAAGAGGCCCAAAUAUUGAGAAAUCAGUGAAGGAUUUGCAACGCUGCACUGUCUCCCUCACUAGAUACCGCAUCAUGAUCAAGGACGAAGUGGACAGUUCCGUGAAGAAGAUCAAAGCUGCCUUUGCUGAAUUACACAACUGCAUCAUUGACAAAGAAGUUUCAUUAAUGGCAGAAAUGGAUAAAGUUAAAGAAGAAGCCAUGGAAAUCCUGACUGCUCGUCAGAAGAAAGCAGAGGAACUAAAGAGGCUUACUGAUCUAGCCAGUCAGAUGGCAGAGAUGCAGCUGGCCGAACUCAGGGCAGAAAUUAAGCACUUUGUCAGCGAGCGUAAAUAUGAUGAAGAGCUCGGGAAGGCUGCCCGAUUCUCCUGUGACAUCGAACAGCUGAAGGCCCAAAUCAUGCUCUGCGGAGAAAUUACACAUCCAAAGAACAACUAUUCUUCAAGAACUCCCUGCAGCUCCCUGCUGCCUCUGCUGAACGCUCACACAGCAACCUCUGGGAAACAGAGUAACUUCUCACGGAAAUCAUCCAAUCACAACAGGCCCUCCGAGGGCAAAGCAGCAAACGCCAAAAUGGUGAGCAGCCUUCCCAGCACUGCCGACCCCUCUCACCAGCCCAUGCCAGCUAACAAACAGAAUGGGUCUUCUAGCCAAAGACGAAGAUUUAAUCCACAGUAUCAUAACAGGCUAAAUGGGCCUGCCAAGUCCCAGGGCGGUGGAAACGAAGCUGAUCCAAUGGGGAAGGGCAACGCCCGCCAUGAACACAGGAGACAGCCACACAAUGGCUUCCGUCCCAAAAACAAAGGCAGCACCAAAAAUCAAGAGGCCCCCUUGGGGACAAAGACCCCUGAGGCCCCAGCCUAUUCUGAAAAGCCCCGAAGAAGGCAGCAUGCUCCAGAUGCCUCCGAGGCCAGGCCCUUCCGGGGUAACAUGGGGAGGGUCUCACAGUGCAAUCUCUGCCCCACGAGAAUAGAAGUCUCGACAGACACCACGGUCCUCUCAGUCCCUGCUGUGACGUUGGUGGCCUGAGCUAGGAGAGAAAAGAGCAGUUUUCACUCACUUUGAUUCCCUGCCCGAGGUGCUGACCCAAUUGGCUGCCAAAAGAGAGUCAAUCAGAAUAUACAAAUCCUGUAUGGUCCUGUCAUCCUCUCGUUAAUCAUUUUUACUAAUUCUAAUAAUCAGCUCUAGCUUGCUUCAUAAUUUUCAUGGCUUUGCUUGAUCUGUUGACGCUUUCUCUCAUCAAGACUUUGCAGCAUUUUAGCCAGGCAGUAUUUACUCAUUUGUUAGGAAAAUCAAGAUGUGGCUGAAGAUCAGAGGCUCAGUUAGCAACCUAUAUUGUAGCGGUGAUGUCAGUCUAUUGAUCGUCUUUAGAGAGUUAAUGUUGAAAAAAAAAAAAGAAUUCUUAAUGAUCAGACAAACAUGAUCUGCUGAGGACAUGUGCGCUUUUGUAGAAUUUAACAUCUGGUGUUUUUCUGAAAUAUAUAUAUACAUAUAUUGCUUUAUUUGAAACAAAUUAAAAUAUGCUGCAUUUGA